AUGUCCCCACCCCCGUGGAAGGGCCAACUGCCUGGGGUCCCGGACUCCCAAGUUGGAUCUUCGGAUUUCUCCAGCCAGGACUUCCCUUGGAAUCAGCAACCAGCAUUCCCUACGCCGGAGUCAGUCGACAGACAUGCCCCUCAUGAACCUAUGGCGAUGGACCGUACCAUGACCAGACAAGGGCAAGAAAACCCCUUCAAUCACCACGCUAUCAUUGCAAAUAGCGCAUCCGAGUCCCUCUCCCCAGAGUCACAGGGUGAUCUUCCAAUCACUCCAAAUCAUAUCGACGGAAACAUGGUAAUGCCUCCGGGACGUUGGGUCUGGCGGCCAAUGGACUCAUGCCAAGACUCGUUCCAAUAUCAACUCCCUCCCAUCAGCUCACUUGACUUUGGUCAGUACCUCCCUGACACUUGGAAUCCGACGACUGCUUCUCAACUUCCUCCUUUCCCAUGUGGUGGCCAGCCCACAUCAUCUCCGACCCCCUUCGAUGCGGCCGAAUUUGAACGUCUUAGUGGUUGCAUCCACGAUCAUUCUCUCCCUGAAACAGCUAGCGAGUCACUAGAGCCACGUCCUGAAGAAAAUAAGGACGUCGAUUGUGAGCCUCAUGGAUUUGCACCGCUGUGCGAGUUCUCCCGCCCAUGCAAAAUGUCUCCCAGCCCUGAUGGAGUGCAUUUUCGGAAGAUUGUUUCCCAUCUCUUCGGCCGGAAUAAGGCCUCAACCAAACUCUUCCCAGACUAUGUUUGGGUGUACUAUUGUCGCAAGCACUACCAGCGUGCGCGGUAUCGGGCCGAGCAAUGGCCCUUUAACCAGUGUGAGUUGCUGCUGCAAUCCCUGGACAGAAUGGAAGAAUGGGGAAAUGUCCUCUUCUUUGAGCUGCGCCUUCGCCGCCGAGAGGCGUUGCGCGCUGAUGGCCAGGACGAGAGGCCCACCCCUACUGGCCUUCUUCGCAACGGUCGUCGGCACCCAACCGCGAUCACCGCCCCGGUCCCAGAAUGGCUGCAGCGUGAAGUUGGAACGGAGAAAAGUUUCCAUGACAUUCGCCAGAUCGUGCAGCGAAUCCGGAGGUACCUUACCCACCUAAAGAGAGAAGAAGACACUAAGAAGACCGCACGGGGUAAACCGAGGGGCGCCGCAACCCUGUCUAAGGAUAGCAAGAAGCUCGCGCACAAUGCCGCCUACCGCGAAAAGAACAGCCUCGUCCGUUUCCCGGAUAUAGAGAUCCUUCCAACCUUCCACCCAAGAGCGUUAGAAGAAGCCCGCCAGCGCGCUUCUCAGAAAAAGCGUGGCAACAAGGAUGGGGGCGAGGGCGCCAACGACCAGGAAGAGCCACAUGCGCAGGAGGAGUACUCGGAGGAUGAGGGCGAGGACAUCAAUAAGAACGAUCGCCAAGGUCAACGCCGCAAGGGCAUGAAGCUGGUCACUCGUGUCUCUGCGAAGGGUGCCAUCAAGAAGCCUGCGGCUAGGAAGAGAAAGUGA